UGGCACCGUUUAACGUCUUCACAUUUCAUAGACCAAAUAGGUACUUGGUUUUGUAAACAUAAACCAAUGACGUAAUAAGAGCGGGGGUGGAAAGUUUACUUUUUUGUAGUUGGUCAAAAGUAUCUGGCGUGUCCAUGGUUUUCAUGUUCAUUCGGUUCACGCAUUAUAUAUUUGCCCACACCAUACACGUAACUGUUUACAGGUCACGUAAAUUUGCAUAUUACGCAGGCGGUCUUCGUGACGCACAGUACUUCUAGUGAAUUGCAGAUUUAGGGAAUUUGUAAAUAAAUAAUGCACGAUGGUUUAGAACAUCUCCACUGCUGCCAAUCAAAAUAUUAAUACAUGAUUUAGGCUGUGAUUUUCAAUGUUGAUCAUUGCUGCUCAAACACCUGUAAGAUUACAGGAUCCAAUCUCAGAAUCUAAUUUAUGACGAGAUUCUAAAAAAUGUGCUAAAACUUAAUCCUCUCAAAAAUUUUGAAUGUAACAGAGUGACCACUGUUGACAGUUCUUAUAUCUGUAUGUACAUGGCAGUUGGUAGGUGUUGUGUGUGAUAUAAGAGAAAUUAAAGCUCUCUUAAAAUUUUAUUGAUAGCAUCUGACAUUCAUGGAUCAAAAUUUAAACUGGAGACCCCUCAAAAUGAAUUAAGGCUCAAUUCAAAGGAAUCACAUGGUGAUAGUUGUUUCAACCUGACUCCUUUAUUUCCCGAGCCUCAGGCUAUAAAAUGUAGAUACCCUCUGCACCUGCCUUAGCAAGCGGUGAUGUGUAAUUGCACUCAGUAUUGGCACAAACACGAGGGCUCAUUAGCAUGUGUGCAGACAGUUCUGUGGAGAUGCCGAGCCUUUUAGCAAUUCAGAGAGGAGCAUGACUCAUAUGACUUGGUGAAUGCAGUGUGUCGUUUCUAACAGUUGUGAGCUGUGCAUGCACAGCACAAUAUUAAAGACAUCGGGCAGCCCUCGGUGACUGGAUUUUGUAGCUGACAGGAUCAUUCUCAUGCAGCAAGGCCCGGGAAUUAAAAAUUCGGAAAAAAAUUGAGCAGCAGUAAUGUGGACGGGGCGAUGUCUGGCACGGGCUAUGUAAACCACGUCCGCAUCUGGCCCCGGUCCGGACUCAUCUGUCUCUACUUAGGGGUGGUCUUGCUCGUCCUUCACGCCUGCUACAAGCUCCUAUCAUGGUAUUUGUAUGUCACCAUGUUGCUCUCCUUGUACGAACAGACCGUCAUGACGGUGGGGCUGAUUGUCGGGGUGCUGGUGGCGGCCAUUUUGAUUUGUGCCAUCAUCCGACACAGACGGAAGCUCAAAUUAUCAAGUACGGCUCAGCCUGCAGGCCCCAAGCCUCGCUUCAGGAAAAGGGAAAAAUUUAUGUUUUACGGUCGCAAGAUGCUUAGAAAGGUACGCUCCAUAUCUGGAGCUCAGGCCCAUUCCGCACGCCGGCAAGUCCGGAAAAGACGCGACUACAUCAACUUGGCCAAAAGCCUGAAAAACAUUUUGCAGAAUGACGACGGGAGCAUUCAGCCUGUGCUUCAGGUCAAGGAGCCCCCACCAGCCAUCCUGGAGGCUGAUCCCAACGAGAUGCAGCUGCCUCCGGAGCUCCAUAUACCCCCGGAGGUGCUCUACAUGCUAAAAAACAUCAGGGUAUUUGGGCAUUUCGAGCAGCCGCUCUUUCUAGAGCUUUGCCGGUCAGUGGAGACCAAGUUUGUCCCUGCCGGGGCCUUCCUUUUCCGUAGAGGCCAGCCAGAUGACAGCAUCUUUGUUGUCCAGUGCGGGAGACUGUGCGUCUUCAUCACUGAACCGGAUGGCCAUGAAUUCCAGGUGAAAGAGGUUUUGCAGGGAGACAGUGUCCACAGUCUUCUGAGUGUGCUGGACGUCAUCACUGGUCACCCCAACCCUUACAAGACGGUGUCAGCCAAAGCGACCGAAGACACGAUGGUCUUGAGAUUGCCAGUCAGAGCGUUCCAGUCGGUGUUUGAGAGGUACCCAGAAAGCCUGGUCAGAGUAGUGCAGAUGAUGGUGGUCAGACUACAGCGAGUGACCUUCCAAACACUUCACAACCUACUUGGCCUCAGCAGCGAGCUUAUCAACAGGGAAGACAUCAGCGAUCCUAACUUGGCCAUCCACGUGCUGACCCGCCGGGCUUCGAGCCCGGUCAAGAAGCCCAGCACCGCCUCCAUUGGCUCCAACUCCAGUGACGAGGCCAUCACAAAGGUCACCCACAUGGACAAUGAAAAGGACGCCCUGAAAAAGGUUUUGUCAUUAGACCGCUCAGGGGGUACCAGUGCAUCCGACAGCGAUCAAGAGUUCAGAAACAGGUCGGGCUCAGCAGCUUCGAUGAGAGCCAUGGGUCGAAUCAACCCUCUGACGGGCCGACCGCGAUCCCAUUCCUUGGCCGUCAUCAGCCUGAAUGUGCCGUCAGGACAGAAGAAGCCCAAGCCGACGUCGCUGGAGGUGGACACCACCGGACGGCUUCUCAUGAGCACCUCGGAUUUCCAGGCUGCAGCUGGACGGGCGCGAGUCCACGGGCUGGACGACAGCAAGCCUCACAAAGGGAGCUCGGGCAAGCCCCCUGACUUGCCUCGCUCUGCCAGUGAGGACCUGGGAGGGGACCCUCUGAUGUCCCCUGGCUCCGAUGCCGUCUUCACACCCCCCACCAGGGGAUGUCUGGUCACCUCAGACAGCAAGAUGCUCCAAGACGACCUGCCGGGCCCCUCUGGAACCGACAGCGGAUCGGACGUCAAGGGCCUGGCGUCAGCCAGUCCCAGGGUCCAGAAAAGAGUCACCAUCGCCGAGGGAUAUGAGACAAACCCUAGCGAGAAGAAACGCAAUGUCUCGGGUGACAACACCCUCUACUCGGACGAGGAGAUCCAGGAGAUGGCCAGGAAGGACCUGGUCAGGAUUCUAGGCCUGGAGGAUGGGAGCAUUCUCGACGAGCACGCAAACAUCGCUCACAUUCAAGCGGGGAGUGUGGUCAUACGGGAAGGAGAUCAGGAAGCCAGUUUGCUGUUUGUAGUGACCGGCAGCCUGGCCAUGAUCCAAACCAUCGUAGACACUGACGAGGAGCAGGUCAUCUUUAUGGCCCGGCCGGGGGAGUUUGUAGGCGAGCUGGCCGUGCUGACUGGCGAGCCAUCCUUCUUCACGGUCCGAGCCCGACAGGACUGCUUCGUGGUGGCCAUCAGCAAAACCAGCUUCUACAGUAUUAUGCGACAGUGCCCUCAGGUGGUGCUACGCAUCGGUCACUACGUGGUCAAGAAGCUGUCACCGUUUGUCCGCCAGACGGACUUUGCGCUGGACUGGAUGGGUCUGGAAGCUGGCAAGGCCGUCUACAGGCAAGGGGAGAAGUCUGACUGCGUGUACAUCGUUCUCAACGGUCGUCUCCGCUCUGUCCUGACGUUACCUUGCGGCAAGAAGGAACUGAUGGGUGAGCAUGGCAGGGGAGAGAUCGUCGGUGUGGUGGAAGUAUUGACCAGGACAGACAGGACAACUACUGUCCACGCCAUCAGAGACACAGAACUUGCCAAGUUGCCGUCGGGUAUGCUGGACUUAAUCAAGCGCAAGUACCCACAGACGGUCUCCCGGCUAAUUGAGAUCUUGGGUCAGAGGUUACUAGGUCAGGUGCAGGAGAAGGUCGGGUCGCAUGCCCUUUCAGACAUCCAGGCCUCUGCCCCUGUGGAGAACCUGUCCACCGUGGCCAUUGUGGCCGUGUCCGACGACGUCCCCAUCUCCAACUUCACUCUUGAACUGAUGCAUUCCCUCAAUGCCAUCGGUUCUGUCCUCCGACUGACCAAGGAGCACAUCCUGCAAACCCUGGGGGGCUCAGCCCUGGACAGCAUGCACGAGUACCGGCUGACCGACUGGCUAGGACAGCAGGAGGACCUGCACCGCAUCGUGCUGUACCAGGCCGACAAGCGCAUGACAGCGUGGACACAGCGCUGCAUCAGACAGGCCGAUUGCAUCUUGAUCGUUGGCAUCGCCGGAAAUGACCCCAACCAGGUUGGCGAUGUCGAGAAGCAAAUCGAGAGCUCGGCCGUCCGUGCCCAGAAGGAGCUUAUCCUCCUCCAUCGGGAGAAGGACGGGGCCUACUCCCCGCCCGAGCGGACGGCUGAGUGGCUGAAUGCCCGGGGCUGGUGCGUCUCCCACCACCACAUCCGCUGUCCCAAGCGCAUGUUCAGCAAGCGCUCGCCGGCCAAAGUACGGGAGACCUAUGAGCGGCUGUUUGAGAAGGCGCCCGUCCGCACCUCAGACUUCUCCCGGCUGGCCCGGUUUCUGACGGGGACCUCCUUUGGGCUGGUCUUGGGAGGAGGCGGAGCAAGAGGCAUGUCUCAGAUCGGCAUCAUGCAGGCCAUGGAGGAGGCGGGCAUUCCCAUCGACAUGGUGGGCGGCACCAGCAUUGGGGCCUUCACUGGCGCCCUGUACUGCGAGGAAGGCCGAGUGCAAGGCAUCCAGGCCCGGGCGUUCAAGUGGUGCAGGGACAUGGGCACGCUGUGGCCCAAGAUCACUGACCUCACCUACCCUUUCACCGCCAUGUUCACAGGUCGGGCUUUCAACAUGAGCAUACGGGACACCUUCCAGGAUAAACUGAUUGAAGACCUCUGGAUUCCGUACUUCAACAUCACGACUGACAUCACCGACUCCAAGAUGAGAGUCCAUACCAGUGGUUCUCUGUGGAGGUACACCAGGGCCAGUAUGUCCCUGUCUGGUUACCUUCCCCCGCUCUGCGACCCUAAGGACGGACACCUACUGCUAGACGGCGGAUAUGUCAACAACGUACCAGCGGAUGUCAUGCGUUCCCUUGGAGCGCAGACGGUCAUCGCUGUGGACGUUGGCAGCGAGGAUGACUCGCAGCUCACCAACUACGGCGAUGACCUCUCCGGAUGGUGGUUGCUGUGGAAACGUUGGAACCCCUGGGCUAGCCAUGUCAGGGUGUUAGACAUGAGCGAGAUCCAGAGUCGGCUGGCCUACGUGUCCUGUAUGAAGCAACUGGAAGAGGUCAAGAACAGCAGCUACUGUCAGUACAUAAGACCUCCCAUCAACAGAUACAAGACCAUGCACUUCCAUAAGUACCAAGACCUGUGCGACAUUGGCUACCAUCAUGGGGAGACGGUGUUUGAGGGUUGGAAGAAGAGCAAGUACCUGGACGAGCUCUUCAAGGAGAAACGGGACAACCAGCGCAGGCGUGGCGACCAGCAGCAGACUGUUGGACAAAUGCCACGCUUCACUGACUUGGCUGCGAUGGUGUCCCGGUUGAAUGCACCGCAGUGGGCAAUGUUUCAUCAAGAAGAUGUCGACCACACAGAUUCGGCCACACUCUGGCGGCUGGAGAGCCGCGUGGCCAGCGACCUGCCUGAGGGGAUGGACCCCAACCGCCACAGCCUGUCCAGCGAGGAGAUCGAGGUUGAGGAGUCAGAGUCCGACAUCUCGCCCCUGCAGGUCUCCGGCGUCCUGAUGAGCGACGGGUUACGGCAGCGCAAGCCGGGCCCCAACGUCUCGGCGGCGGUGGACGACGAGGGUGAAGACGAAGACGAGAACUAAGAUGGCUCAUUGAAUACAUACUGAUUCUGUGUGUACCUCAUUUAUAGCUUGCAUCUUGUCAGAACAACAAACACAUCUUGGGGACAACAAAUGCAGCCAUCUUGAGGGAACGAAAGCAGCCAUCUUGGGGGAACAAAAGUAGCCAUCAUGGGGAAACAAAACCACUGCCCCCGUAAGGUGAUCAUGAUGCCACUGAACACUUUUCCAGUAUUGUACACAUACACAGUAUAACUCAAAAUCUGGUGUAAUAGGGUGCGCUGGGCUUGCCAAGUAUAUGUAUGCCCAACAAGUAAGCUUAGCAGAGCAUGCAACACGACCAUAACCCUGAAAAUACCUUGAUCCCCCAAUUUUAGAGAAUUUCAGACUGCAGUGGCAUCUGUUCGGAACGCUUGAAAGGACGAUGUACCUACGGCACUGGUGGGCUCUGCCUCUGUUGAGGGCUUUUUGUACAUUCUGAGUAACGUAGAAUGAACAGAGUGGCCAUGCCGCUUUUAAUGGGGGGGGGAACUCGUCCCUCUACAAAAUGUCCACUGUAAAAAAGGCAGUCACAGGUGAAGAAGAGGAGAUUGCUACAUCCUUAACCCUAACACUCCUCAAUCCUCCAACAGGUGAAGGAUUGACGAGGGUUAGGGUUAACAUACAUCCACAGGUCACGCCGGUGAGCCAAUCUCCCAAGGUUCACAUUCAGAGCGUACCAUGAUGUGUAUAUAAUUUCACGUUCCCAAAAUCUGGGUCAGAAGGAAUGUUUUAAGGUGAUUUAGACCUUUAGAUUUGUAAAAACUGCAGCCUCGUUAUUCUUAGAAUGAGGAAGAGUCCUGUUAUUGAGACAUUUCAAAAGUAAAGAAUUUUAACCCUUCAUCCUUGGCAUCGUGCGCAACGAUGUAGGCCUCACAACACCCCCACGCUUCCAGUGGAACAGUCUCAAUAUGACAGUGCAAUUAAGUUUGGAAGAAGAAUGCGAGAAAGAUAUUGUAGUUAAAUGAUCCAAACUACAAACUAUUGUUUGAACACACUGACUUGUACAGGCGGUUUGGAGGAUUUAAAGUUUUGUUUGGGGAAAUAAGGGAGAUUGUUUUGUUUGCUUAGUUUAAUGAGAAAAGAUUACAUCUUGAGGGUGAUGACUUUAAAUGGUUAUUUAAUUUGGCACUCUGUCCAUUUCAAGAGUCAUUCUACUCUCUUCCUGGGCUUUUUUAAAAAAAUUAUUUUUGAUGUUUUCUCACCGAUGUAGAAUGUAAAGGGUUUUUCUUACAGGUAACAAAUUAUUUUUCAAAGUUGGUGUCAAGUUUUAUUUGAAAGGUAACGUCCUGAAAUCUAUGACCUAGACAUGGUUUGCUACGCACUGAAAACUUCAGAACUCCUCUCCAGCAAGGAACAUAUUAUUGAGCACGGAAAUUGGGCAUUAAAUUUGUAGCACGUCAUUCAUUUUGUCACAUGCCAAACAAUGCAAUUAUAACAUUAUUUUGCUGUGCAAGUGUUUGGAAAUGUUUGUUGUAGAUUGUACAAAAAAAAGUGUGUGCUUUUCCCUGUUGUGUAUCACACCUUACCCAGCAGUUUAUUUGAAAUACAUUUAAGCUUAAAAUGUCCAGAUAAUUUGGAAACAGCACAACAAAGAUUUAGAAUUUUUAAGUGAAGUGGACCAGCAGGUUUAAAGCCUUAAUAGUGAGUUCGUUUAGAUGUAAUAUUUUGUUAAACAGGGUUAAUUUAAAAUGUUCGUAAAAAUGGAACAUGGAGUCAACCAAAAAUGAAAAUUGUGUCCCAGUAUUCGAUGGAGCCAUCAAUAUUGCCUCUCGCAAAAAUAGGGAAGGGAAAAAAGAGGCAUUUACUGUACGUAACUUUGGAAUUUCUUUCAAUCAUUGACCAAUCAGAGUGAGCCCAGCUGAGCAUGUCAAUAUAACGAUGUUGUAUUUUACCCCCGUGUUGUAAUAGAGAUAUAAAAGUACUUCACGAGCUUGGCAUAAUACAGACGUCCUGAUAAAUUUCCUAAAAUAAGAUUCAAAUUAUUCAACUCAAAAGCUGUUCUGUAUUUGUCUCGAAUUAUAUAUUGAUUAACUUUUCUGGUUUCAAAUAUAAAUUCUUUAUUGCCAAAUUGCCUUCACUUGUUCAAAAGUCAGUUUAAUAUGAGGACGGUUAUGAUUUCCAGUUUGUGUGGAUCUUCUUAAGUGUGUGCGAUAAUUUGACGUUUGAAUGAAGUUUUGAUUUGUUAACAAAGGAAGAAUAUAUACAAAUAUAUAUAAAUGUUUCAGUGAAGGGGUUUUAAUAUACCCACUUUAAAUGCUGUGUUGAAUUGCACAUUGGUGGCUGUUUACUGGAGCAAUCAUAGACACAAUAAACAAGUGUUUAUUGAGUUUGAGUGACAA